GAGGGCAUAACUGUGAGUGGAACCAAUGUCAAGACGGAACUCAGUUACUCCUCUUAGUGUUCCGUAGGGAUAGUUAUUGUAGCUGUACUUAGUAAGCGUCGGAUGUUUUGAAACUGCUGACGAGUGUUUGGAUGUUAUAUGUGUUUGUAAAAAAUAAAAAAGGAAAGAAAAGAGGAAAAACAUGGAUAAAAAGUCCGUACCAGCGCCGUCAGAGGAAGAGAUUGACUGGGGAGGAAGUGGAGCAGGAGGGAGCAAAAAUUUACAAAAGGACAAAACUUUAUUGAAGAAUUUGCACACUGGUCUUCCUAAUCCACCUUCGGGUGCUAUAAAAUGUUCUCUAAUAAAAGGAGACUAUCUCUACUUCCACUAUGGAUGCGAUGGACAGGAUGACAGAGGCUGGGGAUGUGGCUACAGGACCGUUCAAACGCUGUCUUCGUGGAUUUGUCAUAACUGCUCUCCGCCUGAGAACCACUGCAGGCCGGUACCAAGCCUCCCCGAAAUCCAGCACGCGUUGGUAACAAUGGGGGACAAAACCGACUCCUUUUCAGGCUCCAGGGAGUGGAUAGGAACAUUUGAAUGCUCUCUAGUCCUCGACCAUUUCUACGAUGUUCCCUGCAAAGUGGUGCAUGUCAGAGGCGGAGGGGUGGAGCUGGAGCAUGUCGCAGUGGCUGAGCUCCAUCAGCACUUUGAGAAGCACAACUCUCCAGUGAUGAUGGGAGGAGACAGAGACAACUCCUCAAAGGGGGUAUUGGGGGUGUGGACCGGGGAUAAGGGGAGCUAUUUGCUGGUUCUCGACCCGCAUUACUAUGGAUGUGAGCUGGACAGGACAGAGCUGCAGAGGAGAGGGUGGGUGGCAUGGAAAAGAGUAUCAUCUCUGGAUCAGUCUUCAUUUUAUAAUCUAUGUCUGCCACAGACUGCAAGACUGCUAAAUGUGUUUUAGACAUUCAGUAUGGUUGUUUCAAAAUGAGC